AUGAAAGGCAAUAGUAGCUCAGAAGAUUUGUCCUUUUGCAUCUUAUGGAGUCCGCUCCACCCAAUAACUCUAUUCCUUCCGUUCAUUGGUCAUACUGGAAUUUCCGACUCUCGUGGGGUGAUGCAUGACUUUCAGGGUUCCUACUAUGUCUAUUCGGGCAAAAAUGGAAUGGCUUUUGGUCCACCCACCAGGUACCUAAAAAUUGAUAUCGGUGAUUUGCCAGGAGGAGCGGAGCGAUGGGAUGCCGCCAUUGAAGAAGCCAACCAAGUGUACAAGGAACGAAUCCACAAUAUCUGUUGUGACAAUUGCCAUUCGCACGUCUGCAAUGCCUUGAAUCGAAUGCCUUUGGAGAAGUUUGGUAUCCGAAAAUGGGACAUGGUCAAACUGUGCUUUCUAGUCUUUUUCAAGGGACGGUUCAUUUCGGUUGGAGGGUUCCUGUAUCAGUUCUCGCCCUUUGUUAUUGCUGUGGCCAUUGUUCUUCUUGUCAAAGGCUUUGCUUGA